AUGUUGGCACCACUGUUGCAGUUGGUAUUUAUUUAUUACCAGCAUGACGCGUCUAGGUUAUUUAUCUUUUUUUUUUUGCGUUUAUUUUUCAUUUCUUUUCAAGCAGCGAUGAGGGAAGCAAGGCGGAGAACAACUGGAAAGUUUGAGUAUGGCAUCGGUUUUUAUCGAUGCAACAAGAUGAAUUACAGUGAUUUACACAUGUGGAUUUUGAUGCAACAAUGUGAGAGUAAUCCAGUGAUAUGA